AUGAGCUCAACCCUCAUCAAGCAGUUGGAAGAAGUCAGCGCGAAGCUGACAGAUGUGGCGGCUCGGAUCCAGCAGCUGACGAACAAGAAGAAGAACAAGAACAAGUACUAUGUGCACGUGUGCAAGGAGGCUGACGAUCUGAGUAAGGUGGCCGAACAAAGAAUCUCUUUGGCUAAAGCCCUGGUUCGAGCCAGCACUGUCAAGCCCAAGGCCAAAGCAAAGGCUGUCGCGAACGGCACUGCCACAGCGCAGUCGCCUGGGUCGGCUAAGUGA